ACUCUUAGAACCUUAGAAUCUCAGAAUCUUAGAAUCUCAGAAUCUCAGAAUCUCAGAAUCUCAGAAUCUCAGAAUCUCAGAAUCUCAGAAUCUCAGAAUCUCAGAAUCUCAGAAUCUCAGAAUCUCAGAAUCUCAGAAUCUCAGAAUCUCAGAAUCUCAGAAUCUCAGAAUCUCAGAAUCUCAGAAUCUCAGAAUCUCAGAAUCUCAGAAUCUCAGAAUCUCAGAAUCUCAGAAUCUCAGAAUCUCAGAACUCUUAGAACCUUAGAAUCUCAGAAUCUUAGAAUCUCAGAAUCUCAGAAUCUCAGAAUCUCAGAAUCUCAGAAUCUCAGAAUCUCAGAAUCUCAGAAUCUCAGAAUCUCAGAAUCUCAGAAUCUCAGAAUCUCAGAGUCUCAGAAUCUCAGAAUCUCAGAAUCUCAGAAUUUUAGAAUCUCAGAAUUUCAGACUCUUAGAACCUUAGAAUCUCAGAAUCUUAGAAUCUCAGAAUCUCAGAAUCUCAGAAUCUCAGAAUCUCAGAAUCUCAGAAUCUCAGAAUCUCAGAAUCUCAGAAUCUCAGAAUCUCAGAAUCUCAGAAUCUCAAAAUCUCAGAAUCUCAGAAUCUCAGAAUCUCAGAAUCUCAGAAUCUCAGAAUCUCAGAAUCUCAGAAUCUCAGAAUCUCAGAAUCUCAGAAUCUCAGAAUCUCAGAGUCUCAGAAUCUUAGAAUCUCAGAAUCUCAGAAUCUUAGAAUCUCAGAAUCUCAGAAUCUUAGAAUCUCAGAAUCUCAGAAUCUCAGAAUCUCAGAAUCUCAGAAUCUCAGAAUCUCAGAAUCUCAGAAUCUCAGAAUCUCAGAAUCUCAGAAUCUCAGAAUCUCAGAAUCUCAGAAUCUCAGAAUCUCAGAAUCUCAGAAUCUCAGAAUCUCAGAAUCUCAGAAUCUCAGAAUCUCAGAAUCUCAGAAUCUCAGAAUCUCAGAAUCUCAGAAUCUCAGAAUCUCAGAAUCUCAGAAUCUCAGAAUCUCAGAAUCUCAGAAUCUCAGAAUCUUAA